CUCCUCCAUUCUCAACAUAGCUGAAUCAACAACGACUCCCCACACAAAACAUGUCCGAUCUUGAGAACGAGCUUCUCGGCCUAGCUGAGGAUGACUCCUCGCGUCAUCACAAGAAACGCACAGCGGGUGGUCGCAAGAAUCACCAAUCCUAUGAGGACUCUGAUGACAACGAUGGCGAGGGCCAGGGCGAGGGAGAGGAGGAGAUGGACAUGGAUAUGGACGAGGACAUGGACAUGGAUGUCGACUCGGAGGCAGAGGUUUCCAGGUCGCGCCCGGUGAACAAGACAAACCCUUACCCACUCGAGGGGAAGUAUAUCGACGAGGACGAUCGUGACAACCUUGACUCGCUUCCAGAGAUCGAGCGUGAGAAUAUUCUUGCUGCCCGUCAAGAGGAGAUUCAGAAGUUCAAGGACGCGGCGCAGCUCGAUGCCAUGUACAAGAUGGCCGCAGGACAGGACGAGGACGAGGACGACUACACACCUCGCAAGCAACGAAAGCACACGAGCGUCACCGAUGAGAAGUACAGAGCUAUGAUGGACCUCAAGAACAAGAGGAAGUCCAAAGAGGAGCGGGCGCAGCGGAGGGCGGCGAAGUUAGCGCAAGGCGGUCGUCGUGCUCGCUCAUCAUCGUUGGCAUCACAGGAUGAGGCCUCGUCUGAAGAGGGUGAAAUCUCAGUGAGAGACUCGUGGCGACACACAUCUCCUGGGCGGGAACGGCCAAGCCAGAAACGCCGCAAGGUCGAGGUCGAUAUCGAUUCCAUGCCGCCAUCAUAUCUGGAACUCAACGAAGCGACACUCAACCGAUAUGAACUCGUGGAAAUGAUGUUCAAGGAUCAGUUCGAGGAGGUGAUUAAGAAUGCGUACGUUCGCAUUCCAGCGGGGACGGACGAGCAAGGGCGACCAAAGUACCGUGUUCACCGCAUCAUUGGGGUGGAAUCAGAGCACCACCAUGGACGUUAUGCGGUUGAGUACAAGGGACGCGACGUCUCCGCCAGCCAUGCCCUCAUUUGUGCCUACGGCAAGCUGAAUCGACUGUACCGCAUCGCCGAUGUGUCUAACACUGAGGUCUCGGAGUCAGAGUUCUCUCGCUUUACCAUGACAAAUAAGGCCGACAACGUCAAGAACCCAAGACGUUCAGAGCUCAAAGCGAAGCACGAGGAAAUUGUGGCUCUGCGAGACCGCCCGAUGACAGAGGAGGAGGUCAACCGGCAAGUCGAUGCUCGCAAGCAAGCAAACCCGCAGGCACAGAGGCAGAAGAUCGUGCUGCAGAUCACAUCACUUAUGUCGUCUAAGCAGCUCGCUCUGCGCCGCAACGACAUGGAGACGGCCGCCUUUAUUGGGCAGCAGAUUCAGGAGCUCGGCGCUGAUCCCAACACUGGCGAGCUCCUCGAGGGCGAGGGAGAGUUGUCCGAGUAUGAUCUGCGUAUCGCCAAAAUCAACGAAAACAACCGCCGGAAGACGCGCGAAACAAUGAUCAAGGCCCACGAGGCUGCUGUCGCUAAGAAGAAGGCUGAGGAUGCCAUUGUCCGGGCGAAGGCCGCAGCUGCGUCCCAGGACGGCAGUCAUCCUGUAGUUAUAAAGGAGAUAGUGGUGAACGCUCCUCCCAUCUCUGGCAUGCGGAAGGGUGAAACCCCACAGCAGUACGUGGCGCGCACAUUCACGCUCGACCUAGGCGACUUUUAGUCUUUGCAUCAUGCACUGUCUCUAUACGCG